CAAAGUUGUCGAUUUUCGCACCUGAUUAAAACCAAUCAAGGCAACUUCCGGUUGUACUAUUAUUAGCAAAAUACUUGCGUGACGUCACUUUACAUCAGCUUUGAAAUGGCAACUGUAAACGAUAACAGCGUAACCUCGGAUUCUUCGUCGGAUAUUGACCUACACAUGUCAUUUGAGAUAUCAUCCUUCGAAGAAGAACACGAGGAACAUCAGCAGGACAUAGUCCCAUAUCGGUUUGAACCUGAAGCGACUGAUCUUAGCGAAUCGGAUGGUUCAAGCGAAGACGAAGUCGACGACCAGCACAGACUAGAAAAUACAGAUUGGUGCAAUUGUGGAUCAUGCACACCCAUGCCCACAGCAUUAGAAAGCAAAUGCUGCUCUGAAAUUCCACAGAUUGUCGAGAAAAUUGAGUCUUAUAGUGAUGAUUUAACCUGCAUUACAAGACAUCCUGGAUUCCAGACUGUUUGUCUAGACGUCUUUGUCCUGGAGACUGCAUACUACCAGUAUCGUUCUCAGUAUGGAUAUACAGAACAGCAUGAAUGA